AUGGGCCAAUCUCCAGUCAUUAGCAGUUUAGAGUUGGAAAAUAUCGAGGCGGUUUUCAACGAGAUUUCAACGAAAACGGAUGAUGGCACCAGACAGGUUGAGUUGUCCAUGUUAAAUCGUCAAGAUUUUGCCGAACGCUUCCGGUUACCUGGGUUCAUUGCCGAACGCCUCUUUCACGCAUUUGACAGAAACGAGGUAUUACAGUCUAUUCACUACAUACGAAUGUCGUAAAUGUGCAGUCUCUGUUGAUUAUUAUUAUUAUUAUUAUUAUUAUUAUUAUUAUUAUUAUUAUUAUUAUUAAUGUUAAUCAUAACUAUAAAUUCUCCAAACUAACUGGCUAUCAGCUACCUUGAUUUUGAAAAUAAUCAUAACUAUAUCAGCAUGCAAAGAAAGUACUGUCCGAUAGCCCGGGGCUAGUGGAUUUUGCUAUCUGGCUAGUGAAUUCUGUUUCUAACUUGCCCGAUGGGCAAGUGAUGUUUUAUGAGGAAUUUGAAUAACAGAAGAACAAAAAGUUUUUGGGGCUAGUUGAAAUAACGACUGGGCUAGUAAAUGCUAGCUUUAGCUUGCCCGAAUGGCAAGCUGUAAAAAUGAUUUUCUUCGCACCCGGUAUAGCAAAAUUCUCUAAUCUGGUUGGCUAUCAGCUGUCCUGAUUUCAGCAUUAAUAGGACCGUGUAAUAGGACUUUUUAGUCAUGCCAAAGUAAUUAGAUAGUCUAGCUGUGAUCACUUUCACACUCACAGAUUGAAUUCAGGAUGUUACAUGUCGAUCGAAAACGAUCAUUGGAAAGCUUCUUGAUAAGUCGACAGUGCUGUUUUUGUAUAAAGUCUGUCUUUUGAUUUAUCGAGAAUGUGUUUAUUUUUGGUGCAUAACAUGUGAAAGUAUGUAUUUUUACAUGUGUUGCAUGCAAGGGUGUAUAUAAAAAAGAGAUAUGAUAUGGAAUAGCUGCUGUGAAUUAAAAACUAAUGUUUUUGUGAGCCUUUCAAAAAUUACCACAGUGUGUACAGCAAAACAUAGAAAGGCACAGAUAACGCUGAUAAAAUAUUAAACGAAAUUUCCAGGAGCACUGCUUGCAAUUAAAAUUAUUGAAACCUCUAGCUUUUACACACAUCACACCUUUUUGAUAGAUACAACAGCGACCUAUUAGAUUCAUGCAAGAUCAUUUUCAGAGAAGAAACUUCAACCGACUGCAGCAGAGAGCCCUAGGAGCCUAGCUCACAGAAGUGAAUUUCAAGACAAAUGCUUGUUUGUUUACUUUUUAUUGGCGGGAAUUUUUUUGCAUACAGCUGAUGACCAAAAGUUUUGUGUUUUUUCAUAAGUGCAGAAUGAGCAUGGAAUUUUGUUGUUAGUUGACUGGAAGUUGGCUUAAGAAUCAAAAGUUUUAGGCACCUGUGCGCGCUCCUUGUUUGAAAUUUGGUCUCCCGCUGGCAAAUUGUAGGCACCUCUGGUGACCGUGCACCCAUUAGGCAGCAGCCUUGUAUUAAAUGUUUUCUCACCUUUCCUUUCUGUUACAGAAUGGUACAAUCGACUUGGAGGAAUUUAUUGGCGGAAUAGCUUUGUGUCUUCAUGGAACUGUAAAAGAUAAAUGCAGAUUAUUAUUCCAUAUCUUUAAUUUGGUAAGGAAAUUUUAAAUACAUACAAUGCAAUGUUGACAUGAAAUCAAUUUACCAAAACAUUCCAUAGUAAAAGCACAAUCUUGGAACCUCUCAUAUGAGGCUAAAAUAAGGGUAAAAUUCUAACUAGGGACAAGGCCUAGCCCUUGAAACAGCAAUAUGAUAAACAAUUAUUGGAUAAAUUAGUUUUUGUGAUAUCCAGAAUAAAUUAGGUCAAGGUAAGUGUUUUGGUUUACAGGAGGUUUGGCUGAAUUAGUUUACAAACUGAGGAGGGGAGGUAGGGAAAGAACAAGAAUUUUCUUGUUUUGAGUUUUUUUGCCAGAGUAAGGUUAGCAUAAUAUUUAUUGUUGAGAGCAGUUUAUUCUCUCCUUCCAGUGUAGCUCUGAAGGUGAGGCUGAGUUUGUUGUUUCUUCUUUUUCUUCCUCCAGGGGGUGUUUGCCGGUUAAUGCUGGAGUUGGGUUCACUUUUACAACCGUUGUGAAUCAACUUUCACAAUUAAUUUCUUGUGAAUUAUUGUAAACUUUUGAAUACAGGCAGAAGACAAUGGAGUUAGCCGUGAUGAGCUGACAGCUGUUCUGUUAAGUUCCCUGGAGUCUGCUCAAACCAUACUGGACAACAUGGAGGACACUACAGUUGAACAACCUGAAGAGGGAGAAGAAACAGACAAGCUGAUUGAAACUGUUACGAGGUGA